UCUGGCGUACAGACGAUAUCCUGUCCCUUUCUGAUGACGUAGUAGUUACGCAACACUGUUGACGGUGGUGAAAAAAAUGGCAGCGCUCAAUGGUAACAAGCGUGGUCUUGAGCAUUUGGACGAAUAUGAACCAAAACAUGCCAAAUUGCAAGCGCAUAAGCGACUUAAGGAUCGGAUGGCAGACAGAAGACUGGUUGUUAUCUUGGAGGGAGCUUCGCUUGAAACUGUAAAGGUCGGCAAAACAUUUGAGCUGCUGAACUGCGACCAACAUAAAAGCAUGAUCCUGAAAAAUGGAAGAGACCCAGGGAAGAUCCGCCCAGAUAUAACACAUCAAUGUUUAUUGAUGUUAAUGGACAGUCCACUAAACAGAGCUGGCCUUCUUCAAGUCUACAUUCACACAGAGAAGAAUGUGUUAAUAGAAAUAAAUCCCCAAACCCGUAUCCCUCGCACAUUUCCACGAUUCUGCGGCCUCAUGGUGCAGCUCCUGCACAAGCUGAGUGUUCGAGCAGCUGACGGACCCCAGCGCCUGCUGAGGACAAUCAAGAACCCCGUCUCGGACCACCUGCCCGCGGGAUGCCCACGGAUUGGCACCUCCUUCUCUGUCGGAGAUGCUGUGAACGCCCGCACUGUGGUACCCGAGGACGGCCCUGCUGCCGUGGUCAUUGGGGCAUUUGCUCACGGCGCAGUGGAGGUGGACUACACAGAGAAGACUGUAUCCAUCAGUAACUACCCUCUAUCUGCUGCCCUGACCUGUGCGAAGAUGUGCUCGGCCUUUGAAGAGGUUUGGGGUGUGUUGUGACCUCAGAUGGAGUCAGACCUUGUUGGACCUUGUUACUUUUUUGUGUGCUGAAGUCUGGCAACACUCAAGCAACCGACCAUAUUUUUUGCAGAGGAAAACCAUUGAAAAGACUGAUGCACCUGUGUCUUGUUUCCUGAUCGCUCUGAAUGGUGAUGUGGAUAUACACGGCACUCUUUUUUUUCCCACUCCUGUCUGUAACCUAAACCCUUGAGGAAAUUGUAUACAGUUUCAUGUAUAGGAUUUCUCUAUGAGCAAUUGAUGAGACAUGUCAGUAGGACAGCUCUGUGUAUCAGUCCUCUGUAUGGAAGAGGACAGCCAAUGUUCGGUUUUGUAAAGUCAUGCCAUUUAGUCUAUAAUGGAUUGAUGUACACUGUUCAAAAUACAUUGUUUUUCUCUUUACUUCCAUGGAUGACAAAUUAAUAGAAUACAUUUGCAUUCACCAAUGAUGUGAAUAAACAUUUGGAUUUAUUCAUGUUUUAA